AUGGAGGACACUGAGGACGACAUUCACGACGAACGUCAAACUAAGACCAUUCCAGGUGUAAUAUCAGAAAAAGAAUUUGUGCAUUUACUAAUAUCAUUAUACCGUGAAAGUCCUGUGCUGUGGGAUUCUAGAAGGACGGACUAUUUAGAUAAAACUAAACGGCAAACAGCGCAACAAGACAUUGUGAAUGCACUGCGUGUUUACAGGCCGGAGUUCACGGUUGAUCUUUUGAAGAAGAAAAUAAACGUGUUGAGAACGAACUUUAACAAGGCGGUACAUAAAAUUCAAAAAAGUAGGAAGUCAGUGACCUCUUCAGAUGACGCACCGCCCGCGCCACCCGAGAAUGUAAUAUGGUACUAUCACGAUAUGUAUUUUUUGGUUGAUGUUUUAAAAAGGGACAGGGAACAGAGAGACCGGGAUAGCACAGAGACCGAGAUCGUCUCACCAGAUCCACUAGUCAUAAUAAAGAAAGAAAAGCGCAAGAGAAGAAAAAUCGUAACAGAAGAUCCACCACAAUCAGUAGUAUAUCCAUCAACUAGUUCGUAUGUGGAAAUUGACGGCCUCGACUGUGACCGUGUAGCAAAAGGCUGGGCGCUAAAACUCUAUCGCUUAGCUGCCGACCAAAGGAGAUAUGCCGAACAUAUCAUAAACGAUGUACUCUUCGAAGGUGCUAUGGGAAACUUGAAUCAGAACGGAGUAUAUUUCCUACCAAAUACUGGAAGAGAAAGUGCGUCACCAGUUGCUGAAUAUUUAACAGACUCUCCUUAAGAGCCCAUACUAUCUCAACUCGAAUUCAACCUUUUCCCGUACUAAUACGGUUUGUUUUGCUUGAGUCGAGCGGCAGGGGCACAGGCUUUAAUUCAGAAUUAUUUUUUUUACAAACGAAAUUAAAUUAAAGCGAUUUGUAAAAUGUUUAUCGUAUACUAUUCGUGUUCUAUU